AAAAACUGUGUUAGGAUUUAGAAGUUAGGACAGAAGAGAAAAAAAAGAAAGAGCUGAAGACGCGAUAAGUUUGAAGAGAGGAAUCUUGUUCGCCACACUUGAUCGUUCAGUCGCGCACCCGCGAAUCAGAAUUUCAAUUCCUUCCAUUUCCCCCUAAAUUCAAAUCCCAUAAACCCUCCCUUAUAUACAUUACAGUUACUUGCACCUCAAUUCAAUUUUCCUUUCAAUUUCCAUGGAAAACUUCGAAGUACCCUCAUUUUCCCUAGGUCUCGACGAAACGCCCCCCCAUUCCCCCAUCCAUCCAUCUCCUUCUCCCGCCGACCUACACGUCUCUGACUCCGAUCCCGAAUCCCGACCCUACCCGCCGCGCCCCCUCCUCAAACGCUUCCGCCGCGACCUCCCGCCGCCGUGCCUCGACGCCGACGACGACAUCGAGGAGUUCUCCUCGCAAGAAGAUCCCGAUCAAGGGCAUGCGUUUCCGUCGGCAUGGAAUCGGAAUCAUUCUGUGUGUAGCAGUUCGAAAGUUUCGUUGAAUGGUAGCGGAGUUUUGACCCCUCAUUCGUGUAGCAACUCUUCUUCUAGGGAUAGGAAAAGAAAGGAACUUUCCAAUGAUGUUCCGGCUUCUUCUAGGUUAGAGACACGGAAGAGUGGCUUGAUGUUUCCCAAGUUAAACACUAGUCCUCUCCGAAGGUUUCAAUUGAUUGAUUCCGACUCCGAUGAUGCUGAUGUUGAUGUUGGUGCCGAUAAAGUUAACCCUAACAGUCAUUUGGAACAAGAUAAGAAAACUUUGGUUGAUUUGAAUGGAAAUGAGGAUCUGUGGAAGGAUUUUUCGCCAGUCAAGAAUGUUUAUGUUAAUAGGUUUCAAUUGCUUUCGGAUUCUGAUGAUUUGGAUGUUGAUGUUGGUGCUGCCAACAAAGCUAACCUUGACAGUAAUUUAGAAAAAAAUAAGAAAACAUUGCUUGAUGAGGAUCUAUGGAAGGAUUUUUCGCCAGUGAAGAAUGUUUCUGUCCCAACUCCGGCCUUCAAUGAGAUGUGUGAAGAGUACUUUCGUUCUGCCUAUUGCAAGGAAGUGGGUGGUGGUGAUGUGUCUAAAAGUUUUAAUGAGAGGAAUCCUGGGGUUAGCUCUAGCUGCCAGAGGGAUCAACAGCAACAGGAAUCAACGGACCCUGUUCAUCCUGCUCAUAGUUAUUUUUUCCAUGAGGAUCCGAGAAUUCGGCGGUUAGUUUGCAGUCGCCUGCAGAAUUUUAAUCCACUAGGUACCAUCAACACAGUGAAUCAGCAACCUAAUGUCUCACACAUUGAUUACAUGAGGCAAUUUGGCAAUGGAGGAGCUUCAAACAUGCAGGGAGUUCAAAAUGGUCGUGUUAGCAACUCAACAAGGGGAAAAAAUAAAUCCAGCAAUUUGAAUGUUGAGGGAUAUUUUGAUGCUUCUGGAGGCUGGAUGGAUCCCAAAUUUGUUUCUCCAUUCAGCCACGGGAAAUCUUCUAGAAAGAAAGCAACAAAGAGGAAUAGCACUAAGAAUAGUGUCUCAAAAAGUAAUAAUAAAACAAACAAAUCAAACCCUUCAAACCAAUCAUCUGAGGGCUGGGUGGAACCCAGGAGCUGCACCAGUUUGCCAAAGGAUGCGGGCAAAAGGCGUGUUCAAGCAAGUGGUCAAUCUGCUGGUCAUUGGUUUACAUCACCAGAAGGGAGAAAGGUUUAUGUAAACAAAAGUGGGGAGGAGUUGACAGGCCGCAAUGCUUACAGACAGUAUCGGAAGGAGAGUGGAGCAGGAUUCAAGAAAUCAAGAAAGAAAACAGGUGCCAAGACGACAAAUGCCAAGAAGAGAAACUGAACACUUGAUGACAAGACAUUUAUUCCCCGCCUGGUCCACGUCCCAUAAUUUACUUGUGAUCGUAUGACUAGCAAUACCCUAUAGGUUCAAUUCAAUUUUGUUAAAUUGCCCUAAAUUUCCGGUUUCAUGUUUUGGAUGCGGACAAGGAAGCUAGGAAUCCAGCGUGCAGCAUCACAUGAGGAAACUGAAUUAAGGCCUUGUUGCUUAGUGAAGAUUUGAUGCUAAAAAAAUCCUAGCAAGUAGCAAGUAGAUAUUGGGAGCUUAUGUAAGUGGUUCUGUACAGUACACACGGACCUAAUGACUUGGGCCAUCCUGAAAUAAUGAUUCACUUUUCUUUUAUUAGAAUCCACAAUGAUUCUUCGUUUCAUUCUUGAUUC